AUGCCUUUCGAAGCUCGCGUCAAGUCUGUCCUAUCAGGCGAUACGGUUGUGUUGUCGCAUGUCACCAACCCUACACAAGACCGCAUCCUGAGCUUGGCCUAUGUAUCGGCUCCUAGAUUAAGGCGGGAAGGUGAUGAGGCAUUUGGCUUCCAAUCCCGUGAAUUCCUCCGUGAGCUCCUUGUCGGCAAGGUUAUUCAGUUCCAAGUCGUUUACACCAUUCCCACCGGCGCCAAGCGUGAAUAUGGUAUCAUCAGGCUACCUGGCUUGAACGCUCAAUUGCCCGACAUCUGCGUGCAAGAGGGCUGGGCUCGGGUCCGCGAGGAGGCAGGAAAGCGGAGCGAUGACUCCCCGGAAACUGUAGAGCUGUUGGGUCGAUUGCGUGCGCUGGAGUCCUUGGCACAGGAUGCGAACAAGGGUACCUGGGCUACUUCAGACGACGGCCUGAUUGACACAAACAAUGAACUAUGGAGCAGUGCAACCCUCGUGGAAAAGUUCAAGGGCCAGCAGAUUGAGGGUAUUGUUGAGAAGGUCUUGAAUGGCGAUCGUGUGGUGCUGCGUCUGUUGGUCUCGCCCAAGGAACACGCACAGACUGUGGUUGCCGUUGCUGGUAUCCGCGCCCCUGCCGCUAAGCGUACAACGGCCGAGGGCAAGGAGCAGGCUGCUGAGCCUUUCGGUGAUGAGGCACAGCAAUUCGUUGAAGAGCGUUUGUUGCAGCGCAAGGUGAUGGUUUCAUUGCUUGGUCUCACACCGCAAGGUCAGCUUGUGGCUACCCUUCUCCACCCAAACGGAAACAUUGCUCGAUUCAUUCUGGAGGCUGGUCUCGCCCGCUGCCAGGAUCACCAUUCUACACUCCUCGGUGCCGAUAUGGCCCUUCUCCGCCAGGCCGAGAACACUGCCAAGGAUGCUCGCAAGGGUGUCUUCACAGGCCACGUUGGACCUAAGUCCUCCGGCGCCACUGCCGCGGACUAUACUGUCACUCGCGUGCUGAAUGCUGACACUAUCUUCAUUCGCAACAAGGCUGGUCAGGAGAAGAAAAUUAGCCUCACCAGCAUUCGCCAACCUAAGCCUUCUGACCCUAACCAGGCUCUGUUCGCCGCCAAUGCCAAGGAGUUCCUGCGCAAGCGUGUUAUCGCUAAGAACGUUAAGGUUACAGUAAAUGGCAAGAAGCCUGCUACUGAGGGCUAUGAAGCACGCGAGGUUGCUACUGUUGUCCAGGGCAACACCAACAUUGGUCUGGCCCUGGUCGAGGCUGGUUACGCUUCUGUCAUUCGCCACCGUAUGGAUGAUGAUGACCGCUCCCCCGACUACGAUGCUCUCCUUGCCGCAGAGGCUGAAGCGCAGAAGGACGGCCGUGGUAUGUGGUCCCCCAAGCCACCUAAGUCCAAGCAAUACGUGGACUACUCCGAGAAUGUCCAGAAGGCCAAGCUUGAGGUUGGUGUGCUACAACGCUCCAAGCGAAUUCCCGCUGUUGUCGACUUUGUGAAGUCUGGCUCUCGCUUCACUGUUUUGGUUCCUCGUGAGAAUGCCAAGUUGACUCUUGUGCUUUCUGGUAUUCGUGCUCCUCGAUCAGCCCGCGGUCCCAACGAGGCUGGUGAGCCAUUUGGCCAGGAAGCUCACGAUCUGGCCAACCGUCGUUGCAUGCAGCGUGAUGUUGAGAUUGAUGUCGAGACCAUCGAUAAGGUUGGUGGGUUCAUUGGUACCCUGUACGUCAACAAGGAGAAUUUCACCAAGAUCCUGCUGGAAGAGGGUUUUGCUACAGUGCACGCAUACUCAGCCGAGCAGUCUGGUCAUGCUACCGAAUAUUUCGCUGCUGAGCAACGUGCCAAGGAUGCUCGUAAGGGUCUUUGGCACGACUACGACCCGGCAAAGGAGGCCGCCGAGGCCGAAGCCGCCGCAGAUGCUGCCAAUGCUACCGCCACUGACAGCGAUGCCGCUCCUGCCCAGCGUCGUAAGGACUACCGUGAUGUCAUGGUCACUUACAUUGACCCCGAGACCGGUCGUCUGAAGGUGCAGCAGAUUGGAAAUGGAACUAGCGCUCUGACCGAGCUGAUGUCCGCUUUCCGUUCCUUCCAUAUCAACAAGGCCAACGACACCCCUCUGGCGGGUCCCCCCAAGGCUGGUGACUGGGUUGCCGCUCAAUUCACAGAGGAUAACAACUGGUACCGCGCCAGAAUCCGCCGUAACGACCGCGAGAAGCAGACCGCUGAGGUGGUCUACGUUGACUUUGGAAAUUCCGAGUCCCUACCCUGGUCUAGCCUACGCCCUCUCACCCAGCCCCAGUUCUCGGCCCAGAAGCUCCGCCCCCAGGCCGUCGAUGCAGUUCUCUCUUUCUGCCAGUUCCCCACCUCUCCCGACUAUCUUGAGGACACCGUGAACUUCAUCGGCGACCAAGCCUUUGACCGCCAGCUCGUCGCUAAUGUCGACUAUGUUGACCCUGAGGGUGUUUUGCACGUCACUCUCAUGGACCCAGCAGUGUCCAAGAGCCUCGAUCAGAGCAUCAACGCUGACAUUAUCACCGAGGGUAUGGCCAUGGUCCCCCGUAAGCUGAAGGCUUGGGAGCGCGCUUCAGCCGACACCCUGGACAAGCUUCGUUCUCUCGAGGACGAGGCCAAGGCCGAACGCCGCGGCAUGUGGGAGUACGGUGAUCUGACUGAGGACUAA